CUUCCUGAACAUUCAGAGAAACAGAUAGAAGAGUUGACUCAAAGACUGAACAGUUUAAAACGAUACGACGGACUUCAAUUUGGACCCUUUUUUUGCUAAAAGUUUUAACAUGGAUUCGGAGCAAAGGAAGCGAAUUACUUCGAACAUAACGUUUUUGAAAGAACGGUUAGGAUACUUGGAUCCUAUUCUUGAUCGUCUUGUUGAGAAAAAUGUUUUGACAAUGGAACAAAGAGAAAGGAUUGAAAAAGUUCAGCCGCCAACACCACAUAAAAAAUUCAACGAGUUUAUACAGUUUCUGUUGGCUUCCCCGGGCCCCGGAACGUUCCCGGCAUUCAUUGCGUCACUGGAGGAGGAGCGGUUCUUCAAUAUCGUGGAAAAACUACAGAAAGAUGUUCCUGGAAGAAAAACAACUGUAGCACGUGACACAUACGUCAGACCCCAGACCAGCAUCUCCCGCCCAACGACAGCUGUCCUAACACAACAGACCACAGAAACAAAUGCCGGGGUUCCAGAGAAAGUGUCGAGAUCGAAGACCUCGAUAUACCGACAACCCGCUUACCACCUUGUUGACGACGACACGGAUACACUCAAAUCUGAAUCCCCCGCCCCCCAGAGCCCUUCUCCAAUCAGUCGACCGAAGACGUCAUCAAAUCACGAUCCUCACUAUGGAGGCGCCAAAAUCGCAGACAGGGUAACGGUAGCGGUGGGGCAUAUGUUUGCAGAGUUCAGUGGUAAACUGACCAAUGAUCUUUUAGACGGGUUCGAGAGGAGGCGCCACGAGGAAAGGAUCGACUUGGAAAUUCGAAUCGAGAAGAAAAUUGAUCACGUCAUCGACAAGCGCGUCGACGAAAAACUGGCGACGUUCAAGCAAGAAUGGGAGCAGGAAAAAGCAAACUAUUUACAAGGAAACCAGAAGGCUUUGAAUGCUCUAUCUGAAAGUAUUGAAAGUCUUCAAGCCUACCAAGAGGAAUACCUCCAACUCAAGCAGAAAUACGAACAGCUACAACAUACGCAUUCUCAGAUGCGCGAGAAAGAAAACGAGAGAUGGCAAAAAUUGUCCGUCUUGAAUAAAGAUAACAACACUUUGAAGAACGAGGGAGAAGUCUUGCGUGGACAGAUAAUUGAGCUUAGAGAUCGGGUUCAGGAACUGGAGAGUGACAACAGAGUUCUCAAGGACAACGAGAUCCAGGAUCAAUGCAAGAUCAACCAACUCGUAGCGGACAAAGAAGACCUUCUGGCUGAGCUGGAGAGAACCGAGCGCGAAAAGAUGGACCUGAAGAUGCGUGUUGACACUCUCUCCCGUGAGAUUGAGAAACUGCUGAACAGCCAACAGGAACGGGCCAGUCAAGAGGACAAAGCCUACCAAGAUGCACUGCGAAAGCAGAACGACCGACUGGAUGAACUGUACAAGGUCGUACAAGCACUGUCUGAUCGGGAUCGACAAACCAGAAAUCUGUUUAUCGGCGGUUCCACCAUGUCCAAGACGAUAAGAACUUCUGCUAGACCAAACAAAUAAGUUCGCGACUCCAUGUGGAAAGUGAAAAGAAAGCCAUACCGUCUUUGGUUUGCAGAUACCGGAAAACGAAUUAAAAACCUUUUUGGUACUAAAAGGCAUUCUUGAAUACGUAAUAACACGUACUGAAAAUAACUAUCUAUGCAGAUGAAAAUUACCAAAAUAUGUAUGUAAACAUGUUAUUACUAACAUGACUAAUUCAAAAUAUAUGGCUGUAUUUGGUUUGACGCUAGAAACCGAACAUAACCCUGCAUAUUAAAGGAGUUCUUUAAUAAUUGACCUUUUGAGUACUAGUAACUUGUUUUGACCAUUGAAUACUAUUUAUUUUUAGACUCGUAGUGAUUGAAAAUUUAAUAAGAACAUCUUAAUUUCAUUUUAUUUUUAAAACAUCGCUGCACCAUUUCAACUUUAAUUUUAAUUGGUGGACUUGUUUUUUUACGGACAUCUUUGGAUGAAAAUUGAAUGUACUUUUAAGUUUGCCUCUGUUUUUGUACAUAUGUACUUGUUUAUCAUAUAUAUACUCUUGUUUUGUUUAUUUUUCAUUUAAUUUCUGUCAUCAUUUUUUGUAUUAUUUGAUUUAUCAGUUAGUUAAAUAACUGCAGAGAACAUUUUAGACAUUUUUCGUCUGAUGUUUAUUCAAAAAGGUUCUUUAAGCUUUUGAAUAUACUGAUUUUAUCAGCUUCAGAAUUGGACGGUCCUUCCGUUUGUAUUGUUAUAUGUCUGUUGUAUUAAAUCAGUCCUCUGUCUCAUGUAUGUAUAUCUGUUCCAGGGGUUGCUUCACGUUUUGUUUAUAAGCCAAGUUUUAAAUUGUGUUCAUAAGUACAUUAAGAAAUUUCGUAAUACGCCACGUAUAAAAGUUUAAGUAAAUAUUAAAUUUUGUGGAAAUAUUUCGAGAUUUGUUUAAAAAAAAUACAUGCUAUUGAUUUAAAAUGUUUCUCUUACAUUUAAUUUGAAGUGAAUUUGAAAGUUUUCUGUUCCGAACUACAAUGAUUUAGCCGUUAUGGUUAAGAUUAAUUCUAGCCGCUUUAGUUUGUGCGUCAAUUUUAGUUGCAUUUCUUAAUGUUCAAAAUAAACAAAAUAAAUUCUCUGAAAUAUUUUUUGCCAUGUAUAUGAAAAAAGUUUUUAAAUAAAGAAUCUAUUUUCACUUAAAAAAUUUUAUUGUCACUUUGGAUUCAGAACAUUCAGGGAAUGAGAGAUAACUUUGAAGACAGCAGCAGAAAUGAUCAAUUUGACCUCAGGAAAUAUGCACACAUAAAUUUUACCAAAAUUUUCUGUUACUAGAAACUACAAUGUA